AUUUUUUGUGAAAAACUAUUUGUUUAACUUGCUUUGUUUAAAAUUACUGUACUUACAUUUACAUACUGCACUAAAAUUUACUGAAUUGUUAUUAAAAUAAAAUUUUAUUUUAAAUGGAUAAAAGUUAUUGGGAGUUUAACAGAAAAGCUGAUGUUACGCUCUUGGUUGAAGGCGAAGAACUUUACGUGCAUCGUUUUAUUUUAUCAUCGUGUUCGCCUGUAUUUAACGUAAUGCUUGAGUCAGAUAACUUUAUAGAAAAAAAUAGUCGCAUCAUCCCUUUACCAGACAAAAAGAGAGAAGAUAUUCAAGAAAUGCUUAAUUUUAUAUAUCCGUUUGGACACCAAAUUUCAGAAAAAACUGAUAUCGAUAGUUUGCUAACUUUGUCACGUGAAUACCAGAUAAAUAAAAUUCUCAAUUUAUGUGAAAAAUAUCUUUUAAAUCAAAUACCCACUGUUGAACUGUUAAUUACUGCACAAGAGUUUGAUUUAAUAGAACUUCGAAAAAAGUGUAUUGAAUACUUCUCAGAAAAAGCUUUAUUAUCUUUGAUAAGUCAUCCAAAGUAUAACGAGCUGACUGAAGAUAAUAAACUGAUUCUUGCUGAACGACAGGUUAUAACUUUGCAAAAGUUCUGUGAAAACUAUUGCUCGUCUAAUAACUCGUAUGGAAAAUCUACUUCAACUGAAUUUAUGAAAAUGAAAAACCCCUAAAGAUGAAGCUUUAGCUAAUAUAAUAAACAGAUAACUGAUAUAAAUAUAACUAUUUAGUUUAACUCGUUGAUUUAUGCAAUAACUUAUUAUAAGUAGUAGUAGUAUUAGUAUCAAAAACAGCCACACUGAAUAAGCUCGAAAAAGGACUUUACGGAAUAAUAUCGAAAUAGAGAAUAAAACCAAAAUUGUAACAAAAGGAAUUAUAUCUAAAAUACGAAAAACAGAAUAAUCUCGAAAGAGAAUAAGUUCGAAAAGGGAACUUUCGGAUUAAUGUCGAAAUAGAUAAUGUACUGAAAUUGUAAAAUUUAAUUGAUAGAUUGCCUGCUUUAACCAAAACCUCAAUCAAUAUAGAAACACUCGUAGCAUGUUGUACCUCUUUGCUAGUUUUUUGAUACUGUUAUUAAAUCUAAAUUUGGAUAUUAUUCCAUAUAGGCAUUUUCGACAUAAUUUUUUCUUAAUUAAUUUUGAUUUUUUUAAAUUAAAUUUAUUUUCGAUAUUAAUUCCAAAGAAACGUUUUCAUCAAAAAAAUUUCAAUAGUAUUCCGUUUUUCGAGCAAUUUUUUUAUUUAAUUCUAUUCUGCUUUCUCUUUGUUAUCAUAUUAUUAUUUUUGUUAUUAUUACUAUUGUUAGUAUUGCUAUUAUUAUUGUUAUUAUUGUUAUUAUUAUUGUUUUUAUUGCUAUUAUUAUAAUUUUUAUUAUUGCAAUGUACAAUGUUUUCCUUUAGUAAACCAUAACUUCCGAUA